GUUGCCACUGCUUCACUAACAAGUAGUACGCAACUCAACUCUACAAUGCUGUAAGAAGAUAAAAGACAAUAACAAUAUCCAAAGGGACAUACAUGGCAACAACAGGAGGUUCUAUUUCACUUUCUAGCUUCGCUUCAUCAUCUUUUUGCCGUAAAGCUAAACCCAUAUUGCCUGCUGAUUCACUUGAACUAAGACACCUCAAAACGUGCAAAUGUAAAAUAAUAGUCAGAAAUCUUGUCUGCUUUGCAGCCCAAGAAUCUUCAUCUGUAACUGUUGCUGAGGAGAAGAAAGAGUCUCAGACUGCUGAUGAAAAACCAAAGCCAAAGGCAAAGGCUCCAGACAAGCCUCUACCUCAGAUGAUGGAGGAGGAUGUUAUUCCUUCACUGAAAGCAAUUCUUGAAUCUCAAAACGACAUCAUUGAGCUUGAGCUAUCAUUUAAUGACAACAAGCUGGAGGGCUCAUUUCUAAAGAAGGGCAAUCCAUAUUCAUUUUGGGCAUUCUUUCCGGAUGGACUCACAGGUCCUAAAGGUUUCUCUUUGUCCUCCUAUGGUUCUGGCGCGAGCACUGUGGAACCUUUUCUCGUUGAUGAGAAAAAGAUAACAGCAAAGCACAUUGUGUUCUGGGUUGAGAAGCGCUUAGCUGCCCAAGGAAUUAUUCCUGUCUGGAAAGAAUAAGUGUGUAUAUUGUCUCUUACCUUCUCCCUUUUCUUCUUUCAUUUUCCAGUAAAAAGGUCCAUAUGUAU